AUGGAUGCCUUGUCGGUGAUCGAGAAAGCUGUAAAUAUUGUGAAUGAAUAUCAAGCGGCACGGGCCGAGCCAAAGGAAGUGCCUCCUGCAGCUGGUGGGGGGCAAAAAAUAUGGCAAGCUCCGACGUCGGGUACUUUUAAAAUCAAUUCGGACGCGGCUGUUUAUGGCGAUGGGACUCUUGGCUUUGGAGGGAUUGUUCGAGAUGAAAUGGGGGAGGUGAUGCUAGCUACCUGUGACGUGUAUGAGGGAGGCUGUGAUACGGAUGUUGCAGAAGCAAUGGCGGCACGUCAUGCUGUGAAGGUGGCCGUGGAAGCGGGGCUUCGUAACAUAGUGCUAGAGAGUGAUUGUCUAAAGCUCAUUACGCAUUUGAAAAAAGGGUUGCUAGAGAAUUCUGGUUUUAGUCUCAUUGUAAAGGAUAUUUUACUUUUUCGUAGCUCAAAUGUGUCUCUAGCCUUUAAUCAUGUACGCAGGGAAGGAAAUCGGGUAGCUCAUCAGCUAGCCCAGAUGAGUAGAACUUUUAGGGAGUUGAGAGUAUGGAUUGAAGAGGUUCCAAACGAGGUUUGGACUUAUGUACUUUCUGAUAUGAUUUCAAUGAAUGCUUAG